AUCUCAGACCAGUUCUCGGCGUGGAGUCGACCGGUCUGAGCUCCAAGAUACUCUCUGUGAUUUCUGGGACUCAAUCAGGCGCGCCACACAUCAUUCCCAAGGGGCCUCUUGCUUAUCGGCUCAAGGUCCACCAUGGCUGCGAGACUGAUCCUAGAGCCCGCGGGCGGCUGCUGCUGGGACCAGCCGGUGCGCAUCGCCGUGCGCGGCCUGGUACCCGAGCAGCCCGUCACGCUGCGCGCGUCCCUGCGCGACGAAAAGGGCGCGCUUUUCCGGGCCCACGCGCACUACCGCGCGGACGCCGGGGGCGAGCUGGACCUGGCGCGCGCACCCGCGCUGGGCGGCAGCUUCGCCGGCCUGGAGCCCAUGGGGCUGAUUUGGGCCAUGGAGCCUGACAAGCCGUACUGGCGCCUGCUGAAGCGGGACGUGCAGACGCCCUUCGUGGUGGAGCUGGAGGUGCUGGAUGGCCACGAGCCCGACGGCGGGCGUCUGCUGGCCCGGGCGCUGCACGAGCGCCACUUCAUGCGGCCUGGGGUGCGGCGGGUGCCGGUGCGCGAAGGUCGGGUGCGGGCCACGCUCUUCCUGCCUCCAGGUGAUGGACGCUUCCCUGGGAUCAUCGAUCUGUUUGGAAGUAGUGGGGGCCUUUGUGAAUACAGAGCCAGCCUUCUGGCUGGGUAUGGUUUUGCUGUGCUUGCUCUGGCUUACUUCAGAUUUCAAGACCUCCCUGAAUAUUUGAAUGAUAUGCGCUUGGAGUACUUUGAAGAAGCUGUAGAGUUUAUGCUACGGCAUCCAAAGGUGAAAGGUCCCAAUAUUGGGCUCCUUGGUUUCUCCAAAGGAGGUGACCUAUGUCUCUCAAUGGCUUCUUUCUUGAAGGGCAUCACAGCCACUGUACUUAUCAAUGCCUGUGUGGCCAACACAGUAGCUCCUCUGCAUUACAAGGAUAUUAUUAUUCCUGUUCUUGGCAGUGAGCUAAGAAAACAAAAAAACACCGACUUAGGCCUUUUGAAUUUGGUGGAUAUCUGGAAUGAUCCACUGGAGGAACACAACCAACAAAGUCUUAUUCCAUUGGAAAAGGCGCACGGACCCUUCCUGUUUAUUGUUGGUAUGGAUGAUCAGAACUGGAAAAGUGAACUCUAUGCUCAUAUAGCCUCUAAACGGUUACAAGCAUAUGGAAAAAAAAAACCCCAGGUAAUCUACUAUCCAGAAACUGGCCAUUUUAUUGACCCACCUUACUUUCCUCUUUCCAGAGCCUCUGUGCAUUCAGUUUUGGGUGAAGCAGUAUUCUAUGGAGGUGAGCCAAGGGCUCAUUCAAAGGCACAGGAAGAUGCCUGGCAGCAAAUUCUAAUUUUCUUCCAAAAAUAUCUCAAUGGUAAAAAAUCUGUCCAGCACAGCAAAAUAUAAUUUGGCAAUCAUAGACCAAAUAUCAUUCAUAAAAAUCCUAAUUGUACAAUUUCUCUUGGGUCUACCAGAACACUUAGGAAACUUUUUGUUAGAAAAACAAACUGCUCAGUUUCCUUGUCAGGUCCUCUGGACUCAGCCUUUUCAACCCUCCUGCCGUCACUGCUGGGACCCAUUCCUCUCUCCUUGAACUUUACCAAGUGUGUAGGUUUAUACCUGAUUUUAUCUGUAUAGGACCAGUCUUCAUAUUAGGCAAAAGAAAUGUAAGAAGUGCUUGCCUGACUCUCAAUUACUGGCCUACCUUCAGCCUUGGGUCCCAGUUCUGAGGGUGAGUUUCUGUAUUAUUCUGAAAUCUCACAUGCCCUUUGACCCCUAAUUGAUCUUGGCUGAGCUUUGGGAACUUGUCCACUUGAGUCCUUUAAGGAAUGACUUCUGCCACAUUUUUACCAGUCUGCAUUCCCGAAAGUUUACUCAAGCCUUGUCUCUGACCCCUAGACUGAAGACUGAGGGCACUAUAUCUGUUGAUAUACUUCCUUUAGGUUUACCAUCUAUAUGAAUUCCCAGUCACUAUAUGGUAGCUGCCUCUCUGGAGGAAUGCCUUGAUGCUAAGAUUUUCAGGACUUUACCCUGUGGGCUUUGACCUUCAUCUUUGGAUGUCAUGUAUACCUGCCAAAUCAGAUUUCCUCCCAGCACCAUCUGUUCCUGUUACUUUCCACGAGGGAAGGACUAGACUGGGUCUGCAUAAACCCACUGCAGGUGAAGCACAAUCUAGAAUCCUGAGAUACCACAGCAAAGACUCUUCCCUGAGCACAAAAAAUUUUUCUGAGACUGCAGAGAAAACCUGGAGUUUUCUUCACAUAAAAUCAUGGUUUCCUGGGUACAUACAAAAUCUUUCACCAAACUGAGUCUAUCCAAGCAAAUGCCCACUGGAUCCUAAUUAAUGAAGUGAAAGUUUACAUAGAGGUAACUUAAAUUUGACCAAGGUUAAAACUCUUGAGUAUCAUUCACCAUAUAGUAUAAUUUUCCAUGAUGAGACUACUGAGAGCCUCAGCUUUAACUCACUCUCUGGUACACCUUCCACCCUAGAGAUGGGAUGGGAAAACCAACAUUCAUAAAAUAAAAACAAAGUUUAGAAAUCAAUUUAUCACAAAGAUGGUCCCACUAAGAAACAUUAAGUGAUAUAAAAGUUAGUAUUUCUGGGGAUGCCUCUACGAUAGAUAGAAAUUUCAGACUUCCCCACUUACUAACUUGUAAGUUGUUAACCUGUCUAGACCUCCAUUUCCUCCAUCUUUUUUCAAGUGG